UUGCACAAACAUUCAUGCGCACAGUAGAAUAUCGAGAAGAGAAAGAACGGUAAAGAGGACUGAAUCUCCAGAGACAGCAGCUGGCGUGGACCUGGGUGCCCACACUGAUGCUCCAGGUUUCCAGAAAUGUCGGGCACGUUGCACUGUUUGCAUCCAGGGCAAGGGGACAAGGGGACUCGGGAGCAGAGGGGCCCAGGAGGCCGACCAGUCAGGCAGGCUAGGUCAGCAACAGCCCCGCCCUCGCCACCCGGGCUCCCAGGCAGUCUGAGGUCCCUCCCGCCGGCCUAGACCCCACCGCAAGGCGCGCACAUCCCGGAGGGCGCCCAGGAGGCGGCGGCCCGGCAGCGGGGCCUCCACAGCCUUCCCCUGUGCUGCCGGGGCUGGCCCAGCUCGCCCGGGGUCUGGCGGAGAGCGGCGGGCGAAGCAGCCGGCCGGCAGUCGGCUGUGAGCGGAGUCGGCGGCGCAAGGGAAGGCGGCGCCUCCCAAGGUUCUGAAACUGGAAGAAACUGGCACGCCUGGAUGGCUACCCCUGACAGGAGAGCCGUCUCUAGACCCCAGAGACCCAGCCCCAGGCCAAAGGGGAGUGGGGCCCGCCUGAGUCUCCUGGACAACCUGGAGUGUAAGGAGACCCAGGAGCCGGCGCCUGCAGAGCUGGCUGUGCUGAGGAAGGCACAGGAAUUUUUCCAGGCCUGUGAUGCAGAGGGCAAGGGCUUCAUCGCCAGGAGGGACAUGCAGAGACUCCAUAAGGAGUUGCCCCUCAGCCUGGAGGAGCUGGAGGAUGUGUUCGAUGCCCUGGAUGCUGAUGGCAAUGGCUUUCUGACCCCAGAGGAGUUCACCACUGGAUUUAGUCACUUCUUCUUCGGCCAGAGUAAACCAAAGCAGGAAGAUACAGGAGAAGAGGUGGCCCAGCUCCAGGAAGAGAAGGUGUAUCAGUCCCGAGGGGAAGAGGAUCUGAGUGGCAUGGAUGAAGAUGAGGAAGCCCAGUUCCAAAUGCUGAUGGACAAACUUGGAGCCCAAAAGAUGUUAGAGGAUGAAAGCGAUGUUAAACAGCUCUGGCUGCAGCUCAAGAAGGAUGAACCUCAUUUACUGUCCAGCUUUGAGGACUUCCUGACCAGAAUCUUCUCCCAGCUCCAGGAAGCCCAGGAUGAGAAGACGGAGCUGGAGUGCGCCCUGAAAAAGAAAAUAACUGCUUAUGAUGAAGAAAUCCAGCAUCUCUAUGAGGAGAUGGAACAACAAAUCAAAAGUGAGAAGGAGCAGUUUCUCCUAAAAGACACAGAGAGGUUUCAGGCCCGCAGUCAGGAGCUGGAGCAGAAGCUGUUCUCUAAGGAGCAGGAACUGGAGCAGCUGGUCCAGAAGCAGCAGCGGCUGGAAGGCCAGUGUGCGACCCUGCAUACUGACCAGCAUGAGACCAGGGCUGAGAACACCAAGCUGAAACUCACGAACCAGGAGCUGACUCGCGAGCUGGAGCAGGCCUCCCGGGAGCUGCAGGGUGCCCAGCGGCAGCUGGAAAGCCUUCAGCAAGAGGCCUGCAAGCUGCACCAGGAGAAGGAGAUGGAAGUGUACCGCGUGACGGAGAGUCUGCAGCGGGAGAAGUCGGGGCUACUGAAGCAGCUGGAUUUCCUGAGGGAAAGGAACAAGUACCUUCGGGAUGAACGGGACAUAUGUUUCCAGAAAGAUAAGGCAGCCAAGACAAACACAGCUGCUUCCAAGGCAGGCUGGAAACAGCGAUCAGGCUCUGUGAUUGGCAAAUAUAUGGAUGCCCAAGGGAUUCUUAGGAGCCAGUCAGAGGAGGAAGAAGAUGUGUUUGGUGUCCCGAGGAGGAGAAGCUCCAUAGGCCUGAGUGGAUAUCCCCUUACCGAAGAGGAGCCAGGACCCAGGGACGCAGGGGCAGGGGGUCCACCCCCCCGGGCACUCCGCAGAAUCAUCUCCAUUGAAGAAGACCCCCUGCCCCAUUUCCUGGAUGGAGGCUUUGAGCGACCACUGAGCAAAUGCCCGGAAGAGGAGGAGGUCUUCCCCGCCAGGGUGGAAGGACAGACCCAGCAAGCCCACCCACCGGAGCUCACGCCCCCAUCUCCCCGAGGGCAGCCUGUAGGAAAAGAAGCCCUAUCUAAGGAGGAAGGCUGUCCCCUGACCCCAGACCGGCUCUUCAAGGUUGUGUUUGUGGGUGACUCUGCAGUAGGGAAGACGUCCUUUCUCAGGAGGUUCUGCGAGGACCGCUUCUCCCUGGGCAUGACGGCCACUGUAGGCAUUGAUUACCGCGUGAAGUCAGUGUGUGUGGAUGGCUCUUGGGUGGCCCUGCAGCUGUGGGACACGGCCGGGCAGGAAAGGUAUCGCUGCAUCACCCAACAGUUCUUCAGGAAGGCUGACGGCGUCAUCGUUAUGUAUGACCUCACUGCCAAGCAGUCCUUCCUGUCGGUGCGGCACUGGCUGAGCAGCCUGGAGGAAGCCGUGGGAGACUGCAUUCCUGUUCUUCUGCUGGGUAAUAAAGUUGACAACGAAAAAGAGCGGGAAGUUCCCCAGGGCCUUGGCGAGCAGCUUGCCAAGGAGAACAAUCUUAUCUUCUAUGAAUGCAGUGCCUGUUCCGGUCAGAACACCAAGGAGUCCCUGCUCCACCUAGCCAGGGUCCUCAAGGAGCAUGAAGACACAGUGAGGGAGGACACCAUACAGGUUCACUGUGCUGCCAAGAAGAAAUCCUGCUGUGGCUGAGAGGAGCUGGCCUGGGACUGCUGCACCCAGGCCCAAGGCCACAGGGCCUUCCCGGUCCUGCAUGCGGGCUCCAGGGUGCCUGCUCCUGCCACGGCCCAGACCUCUGUCCUAGCCAGUGGGCUGCCUUCUCCUGAGAGGAAGGGGAAACACUGGGGGAAGCUGCACCCAGACCCUUGGGAGUCUUCCCUCCCUUCUCGCUCUGCGCCCCACAUGCCCAUUUCUUUUCUAUUCCCAGCUUGGUUUCCUGGGGGAAAGAAACAGGUGGGCUUUUCAGGAAAAGCCACCACGUGCCUUCUCCCGCUCCCUUCUCCCCUCACCCUUAGGAGCCUCAGUGCAGCAGUUGCCUUGGCAAUGUUCAGGGUGGGCUUGCCGCUUCCUGUGGGCCGAAGACACAACUUGGGCAAUGCCAGGGAGGCUGGCCUUCCUUUGGCCCCUAGUCUCUGGACAACGAUGGAAUUCUCUUGGCAUAUGCUUCCUGGAUCUUGGGGCGCCCACAUGGGGUUGUGAGAAGCAAACCAGGGUGCCCUCGUUCAGUUCCACAGCCUGUCCCCAGGGGUCCUGCUCCUUGCCAGGCUUCAGGGCCCAGCCUCUCAGCAGCCACUGUGCCCACGGUAUUUGCCCCCUUGGGGUCUCUGGAAUGGUGCAUUACAAAGAACCCUCAGCCCUUCCUCUCCACCGCCCACCCACAACCCUGGCUGUAAGGUAGACUGUGGGUGAUAAAUUCAUGCCUGGGGCUAAGGAGGGGGCUUCCUUCUACUUUGACUAAGAAUUGAAAAGAAUACCAGGGGGAAAAGCCAGCAGUUGCUGGAGGGUAUAAGUAACGUAGCUGUGUAAAAGCCAUGUUCUAAAUGUUUCACAAAAUAGCUCUGAAAAAUCGUACAUGACAAUUAACAGGGUAGAUUAAUGUGCAGCCAGUGCAGCCCAGCACCAGGUCCAUAGUUACUGACUUCCUCUUAUUUUAUUUUACUUUUUUCUAGAAGGCUGUAUUUAAAAAAAAAUGUGCAGCUCUGCUGUGGACACUUUGCUGGGGUCUGAGAAGUGAACAGAGAGUAGCUGCAGGCUUCUGCACCCCCUGGCGCCCCCUCACCCAUCCCUGGGAUCAGGGGCACUAUCCGGGCUGGGGGGUGGUGAGUCCCAGCCCCUGGCAGGGGGCCAGCAUCACGGACUGGCUGUCGGGGGGCUGGGGAGGGCAUUCUUGCCCUGAGUGGGAGUUUGGAUGAAAGACCAUAAAAAUCACUGCCUAUUACCAUUCUAGGGCUACAGAUUCAGGCCUCCACAGAAAAAGUGGGUGGUGUCCACACGUACAUGGCACAUGCAGGAAGGAAGGGGGCAGAAAGUGUCCACAGGCCUCCAGGAAGAUGAUUCAAGACAUCUGUAUGUAGCCAGCCAAGUCUGAGAGAAGCCACUGGCCAGAGUUCCUAAGGGUUUUCCCUGCAGUCUCCCACCUAGACUCCCCAAAGUGUCAGAACCCCAUGCGUCACCAGGCAAGCGCCUGCUCCCUUUGUGCAGACUUCUCUCUCUCAUCCAGGGCUUGUAGGUAUCAGGGAGGGCAUGAAGGGUGCAGAACAAAAACCAGCCCUGAGUACCAGGAGGCGUCCCGUGACUUUGGCCAAGACAGCACCCUCCCUGGGCCCCCAUCUCAUCAGUAAAAUGAAGGGUGGGCUCUCCAAUGCUUUGGGCUCUUCCGGCUCAGUGCUUAUGACAACACAUCCAUUUUUCAGCAUAGUCUGGCCCUGUCCAGUUUGAAGGGAACACACAGGAAACUCCUUCCCCUAAGAGGCGGCCCUGGUGGUAGUCUCAAUGCAGGGUAUGCGGGCUCACCCAGAAGCAGCCCUCCAAUAUCUGUGUGGGCGUGUGCUGCUGUGUGAGGGU